AUGACCAACUCUUGCUGCUCCCCUUGCAGUCAGCUUGGUUGCUGCAGGACUACCUGCUGCAGACCAACCUAUGUGACCAGUUGCAGUCCAUCUCGAUAUCAGCCCAGCUGCUGUGAAACCACCUGCUGUAGGACCACCUGCUGUAAGCCAACCAGUAUAAACAGCUGCUGCCAGCCCAGCAUGUGUGAAACCACCUGCUAUAAGCCAAUCUGUGUAACUAGCUGCUGCAGCCCACCCUGUUGCCAGCCCAGCUGCUGUGAAACCACCUGCUAUAGGACCACCUGCUAUAAGCCAACCUGUGCAACAAAUUGCUGCCAGCCCAGUUGCUGUGAAACCACCUGCUGCAAACCAGCCUGUGUGACCAGCUGCUGUAGCCCAUCCUGCUGUCAGCCCAGCAGCUGUGAAACCACCUGCUACAGGACCACCUGCUGCUGUAAGCCAACCUGUGUGACCAGCUGCUGCCAGCCCAACUGCUGUGAAACCACCUGCUGCAAACCAACCUGUGUGACCAGCUGCUGCCAGCCCAGCUGCUGUGAAACCAUCUGCUGCAAACCAACCUGUGUGGCCAGUUGCUGCAGCCCACCCUGUUGUCAGCCCAGCUGCUGUGAAACCACCUGCUAUAGGACCACCUGCUGUAAACCAACCUGUGUGAUCAGCUGCUGCCAACCCAGCUGCUGUGAAACCACUUGUUGCAAACCAGUCUGUGUGACCAGCUGCUACAGCCCACCAUGCUGCCAGCCCAGCUGCUGUGAAACCACCUGUUGUAGGACCACCUGCUGUAAGCCAACCUGUGUAACCAGCUGCUGCCAGCCCAGCUGCUGUGAAACCACCUGCUGUAGGAGCACCUGCUGUAAGCCAGCCUGUGUGACCAGCUGCUGCAGCCCACCCUGCUGCCAGCCCUGCUUCUGUGAGUCCAGCUCCUGCAAACCCUGCUGCUGA